UUUUUUUUAUGAGUUUAACCUUAAAUACUUGGCAACCCAGCUCUUCGGCUACAUUGAUAAAGAGGCUCAGGCGGAGUAACGUUACUGUCUAGUGGAUUCUGGAACCUCAUGCGUUAUGGAGAAAGCUUCCCAGUUGAAAGAUCAGGGAAACAAGGCGCUCAGCGCAGGAAAUUUGGAUGAAGCAGUGAAGUGCUACACAGAGGCCCUGACAUUAGACCCUUCGAGUCACGUCCUCUUCAGCAACCGCUCCGCAGCCUAUGCCAAGAAGGGGGAUUACGACAAUGCCCUGAAAGAUGCCUGCCAAACCAUAAAGAUCAAACCAGACUGGGGGAAGGGAUACUCAAGAAAAGCUGCAGCAUUGGAGUUUCUUGGGCGACUUGAAGAUGCCAAAACAACCUAUCAGGAGGGGUUACGUCAGGAGUCAGCAAAUCAGCAGCUUAAAGAGGGACUUCAGAAUAUCGAAGCACGAUUAGCAGAGAGGAAGAUGAUGAACCCAUUUUCUGUUCCUAACUUGUAUGAGAAGUUGGAGGCUGACUCUCGAACACGGGGGAUGCUUUCUGACCCCAGCUACAAGGAGCUGCUGGAACAGCUCCGAAAUAAACCUUCGGAUCUUGGGACGAAAUUGCAAGACCCCAGGGUCAUGACCACUCUCUCAGUCCUGCUUGGUCUGGAUCUGUCUGGCAUGGAUGAAGAUGAUGAUUCAACUCCGCCGCCUCCUCCUAAACCCAAGCAGACUGGUCCACCCCCUCCAAAAGAGGAAGAUCUGCCUGAAAACAAGAGAAAGGCCUCGAAGGAAAAGGAGCUGGGAAAUUCUGCAUAUAAGAACAGGGAUUUUGCGGCAGCUUUGAAACACUAUGAAGAGGCUCUAAAGAAUGAUCCUACCAACAUGACCUAUCUGUCAAAUCAAGCAGCUGUGUAUUUUGAAAUGGGGGAGUUUGAUCAGUGCAGAAACCUCUGUGAUAAGGCCAUCGAGGUGGGAAGAGAGAACCGAGAGGACUACAGGCAGAUUGCCAAGGCAUAUGCCAGGAUUGGAAACUCCUACUUUAAGCAGGAGAAGUAUAAAGAAGCAGUCCAGUUCUUUAAUAAGAGUCUAACAGAGCAUCGCACACCCGACGUUCUAAAGAAAUGCCAACAGGCAGAGAAGAUCCUGAAAGAACAGGAGAAACAUGCCUACAUCAAUCCCGAUUUGGCACUGGAAGAGAAGAAUAUGGGCAAUGAUGCCUUUCAGAAGGGUGACUAUCCGUUGGCCAUGAAGCAUUAUUCAGAGGCUAUCAAGAGAAACCCGUUUGAUGUCAAGCUCUUCAGCAAUAGAGCUGCUUGUUAUACUAAACUACUGGAAUUCCAGCUGGCUCUAAAGGAUUGUGAGGAGUGCAUCAAACUGGACCCUAACUUCAUAAAGGGUUACACACGCAAGGGAGCAGCACUGGAGGCGAUGAAGGACUUCUCAAAAGCAAUCGAUGUGUAUCAGAAAGCGCUUGAGCUCGACUCCAACUCGAAGGAGGCCACUGAGGGUCUACAGCGUUGUAUGGUGAGCCAGACGAUGCGUAACGACAGCCCUGAGGAUGUAAAACGAAGGGCUAUGUCUGACCCAGAGGUGCAGCAGAUCAUGAGUGAUCCUGCCAUGCGCAUGAUCUUGGAGCAGAUGCAGAAAGAUCCACAGGCCCUCAGCGAUCAUCUAAAGAACCCCGUCAUCGCUCAGAAAAUUCAGAAACUGAUAGAUGUUGGGCUAAUAGCCAUACGGUGAUCACAGGAAGGCGAAGAGGAGCAGUACAGUACUCAUCUGCUGAACAACAGAAAACAACAAAGGCGGCAACAUUUAAGAAAUCAUUUACUUCGUCAAAUGUAACGCACCCUACCCUCAUCCAUUCACACCAAUGAAAAUUAUAGUUGAGCUGGUCAUCAGUUUACAAAUGCCUUUCAGAAUCUGAAAAAGUAUUGAUUUAUAGGAGCAAUUAUAAAAAUGUAUUUUUUGUUUUUAUUGCUGUCCUGAACAAGCUACUUCACACAAAAAUUACAUAGCCCACAACACAUAAUACUAAUAACUGAAUUUACAAAAAUAAAUCCGUUCCAAUGUUUAUAUGCUCUUGGUUCACACCCUUGUUUUGUUUUGUGAUAGUUGUUCGCUUAUGUGUCCUGAGCCAGACCAGUGAGCUGUCAAAUAGCUCAAGAAAAACAAUGGUCUCAUGAACAACUAUCAUAAAACCUUGAAACAGUCAAUGAUCUUCCAGGUAAGAUAACAGGGCAAGAAUCAAGGCUUUACAAACAUUUGAACUGGGUAAUUUUGAUCAUUUCAAUUAUUACUCAGUGUUGUGAACAAUAUUUAAACAUUGGUCAUGUGAAUUAGGUUGUUUGGGGUAGGUCUAAAUUAAAAACCAACAUUUCUAUUAAUCUUUUUCAUAAAAUUAUCAACAUUUAUCAGAUUGUGAAAUGCUUAUGACCCCAGCUGUAUAUGUAACAAAUUGUCACAUAGUUGGCCAGCCAGAAAUCUAAAUGAAUCAUUCUUAUUGUGAAAUAUAGUUCAGUUCAUUGGGAGGGGCUAUAUAGCGAAAAGGCAUUGUUCAAGUGAAAUUACUUUCAGUUUAUAGCUUGCAAUGAGUAACCGCCUGUGAUGCAAUAUCAGUUAAAUAAAAAUAUCUGGAUCUAA